AUGCUUCCUCCUCAAACGCUUUCAGGCACCGACAAGCAGCUACCCUUGGUCUUGAUUUGCGAUGAAGCUUACCCAUUAAAAGAAUACCUCACACGCCCAUAUCCUCAAAGAAACCUCGACCACAACAACAAAGUAUUUAACGAGAAGCUAUCAAGGGCCGGGAAGAGCGUUGAAUGUGCAUUCCGAAUUCUAUGUGCCAAAUGGCGAAUUCUUAAUAAACCCACAGAAACAAAUGUUAAACAUGCACGUCUAACAAUAAAAACUGCUUGUUUGCUUCAUAACAUCAUUAUGAGUAAAGAUAUUUACGCCUGUAGCGCUGCGAUUUCCACUCACCCGCCCCGCCCGCACUUGGUGCACCUUACUCAAAAACUAUGUGUUCGCGUUCCCACCAGCGGAUUCCACUGCUCGCCCCGCUGCCACUGUAAUUGCACACUUUGA